UCAGUUGAGGUUUCGCCCUUGGCGCGACGAGAUAUAGCUUUAUUUUCCCGUCUAUUGGCAAUCCCAGAGAAGCGUUUGUACGUGAACCUUCGGCAUCCUUGCGUGUAUGCGAGAACGAGCCUAGUUGUCGAGUCUUCCUCUCACCCACUCUCCGUCUUCCCUUUUUUUUUUUUUUUUUUUUUUUUUUUUCGUUUCUCCCUUUAUUUUUCUUGGUGUGUCUUUUAGGUGUGCCUAAACCUCUUUUCUCGCUCAAUCCUGGAUGCGUGAUCUAGCGUGUCCGUGUGUUUCCGUGAGUGUUAUAGUGUUACCUCAACUGACCGGGUCACAAUUUGUGUUGCACUGCCAUACCGGACCGACGGAACAAAUAGUUAAUUUUUUUUUUUUUUUUUUAAAUUGCUGUUGAGUGUGUGUGUGUGAGUGUGUAUGUGAAGGGGAUUUUGGCGCGCUUGAGUUGGCCCGCUUCGUCUUCAAGCGGAAACGGAAGUUUCACUUGCGCCAUCCACUGCUUCUAACGACAUGCUGAAGAAUCAAUAUGAAAGUAUGAGAUCGUCACGUUGAGAAGCAACAGGAAGUGUAUAGAAUUUUUGACGGCUGUUUUCAACCCAGUUCGACAGAUUCAUUGAAAAUAAGGGCGCUUGCGAAUCAUGGCCAGUGCUACGAACGAACGCCAAAGAGUGGUGGUAACUCGUUUUCUUUGUCUUUACGUCUUGGUCUUCGCCAUCUCCUGUUUGAGCGUCAUACCGUCUUCUUCCGCCAAAACACAGAACAGCACCGAAUGGAAGAGAAAACCCACCGCCAUCAGCCAUCCCGCAACGUCCAAUGGCUCGGGUGUGCAGAUGGCGAAACCACUUCGCCAGCAUCAGCAUCGCAAUCACCAUCGCAACAAACGAGUUGAAGCCAGUAUCCUUGAGCAGAACGGGACGACCAUCGCCAACAAGAACAAGAAUAUUAAUGGCAGUCAUAACAACAACGCAACCAAAGUUAGUCCGACCACCAGCGAAGAAUUAUCUCCUUGGUCACCGUGGUCCAAGUGCAACAAACGGUGUCGCCAAAAUCGCCAGCGCAAGUGUAUUCCGUCGGCAGACUCCGAAGCGCUAAGGCGAUGCAUCCAGCAACACGUGCUGAAGCAGGAGCGCACGUGCCGCAAGGGGCGCUGCAAGCGCGGCGGUAGGGCUUUCCAUGUUGUUCUUCCGCCGAAACGGGAGAGCCUCAAGCAGCCAACCACGACCACGUCGUCGUCCGCUUCGUCGACCCAAAACCAGCAACAGUCCGACGUGCGCGUGCUGCUUAGUCUCAAUUCCAUUUUCUAUUCUUCGUGGAGUAGGUGGUCGACGUGCACCAAAGCUUGCACCACUACACGUUACAGGACGUGUCGCUUUCAAGUGAUCUGUGGCAACACUGUGCUUCAGGAAGACGCCUACUGUUACACGGAGGGUACCAACUGCGAAAAAUGGUACAGCGGCCGAUCGCGGUACACCAAAGAUGAUGACAGGUAUGAGCACAGUCCCGUUGCAGUGGCAGAGAAAAGUAAUGGCAAUAGCAGCGCGAAUACAAGCAAUAAUAAAGGUCAGAAGAAAACCAAAGAAGAUUCCGAAGUUGAAAUUCAACCGGAAUGCGGCGUUUCGGCGAGUGGCAAUGGAGGUGUCGGAAGUAGUGGCGUCAGCAACCUGUCCUAUAAUUUGCAACUGCGCAUUAUCGGCGGCAGGGAAGCAACACCAGGCAGGUGGCCGUGGCAAGUGGCUAUUCUCAAUCGCUUCAAGGAGGCGUUUUGUGGAGGUACUCUGAUCGGAGCCCGUUGGGUGCUGACAGCCGCCCAUUGUAUACGAAAGAGACUCUCCGUCCGCAUAGGAGAAUACGAUCUAGUAGAGGACGAUGGCACCGAAAUGGAUUUCCGGGUGGAAGAAGUAUUCGUUCAUCCGGAUUAUGAUCCAGAAACGGUGGACAAUGACGUGGCCUUGCUUCGGCUUCCUGAGGCCAUUAAGCUCGGUCAGCAGGGCAUUAGGCUGGCCUGUUUGCCUCAACCUGGCCAGUCAUUGCCGAUCACGCAAAAGUGCACCAUCAUCGGUUGGGGUAAAGAAAGAAGCUCACACGUCUUUGGCACCGAAGUCCUGCACGAGGCCGAGGUUCCUAUAGUAAAAACUUCAGCCUGUCGUGAAGUCUACGAGGACUAUUUCAUCACGGACAACAUGUUCUGCGCCGGAUAUCGCAAAGGUCGGAUCGACUCGUGCGCCGGCGAUUCCGGUGGUCCACUUCUCUGUUCCGUGGGCGACAGGUGGACAAUAUUCGGUAUCACCAGCUUUGGUGAAGGUUGCGGUAAGCGCGGAAAGUUCGGCAUCUACACCAAAGUGCCUAAUUAUGUCACCUGGAUCCAGCGAGUCAUCGAUCUAAACGGCGGCAUCUAACGGUUUUGCGUAGAAUCGUUCCCUACACCGUACAAUCGUCUUCCCUUAUCUAUUGCCGAGCGAACGCGCUAGCUCCGAGAUCGUCUUGCACAGAAACUCGCGUUUUUGUUUAUUAUUAUUAUUUUAUUAUUAUUUUUUUUUUUUUGCUUCUUGUCUUUUUCGGUUUGUUUUGAUUAUUUGUUUCCAGUUUUUUCUCGAUUUUUGGUUUUUGUUUGUCCUUAUUUUGUGCUGCUCCAACAAAUGAACACAUAUUUAUAGAUUUUUAAAAACAUUAUAUUUGACUCGCCAUGUGACAACUAACUCCGUAUAAUACAUCCAAAGUAACGAAGAGAAUCAAUAAUAAGAAGCCAGUAGAAUUUGAAGAAUCAAUUGAUUUCAAGGCCGAACGAAGCCAAAAACGUGUGACAGUUUAUCUAGCUACUUACAAACGCCACCAACUAUUCAAUAGGUCCCCCUUCGUCCCUGCUGUGAAACUGUGAUAUGAGCGCAUAGUUUACACGAAAAACUGAGAAAUUCAAGUGUUUUCACGCGCAACAGCAGAAAAUGAGAAAAAAAAAGAAUUCAGCCCUAACGCUGCCCGUCAUAAAUAGCUCUUUGCUUUGCGAUGGUGCCUUAAGCACCUGGCUUAGGAUGAAACUCCAUUUUGCGUAUCUAGAUGAUACAGGUUGCUUAGUGGCUUCGUAUUUCUAUUAUUACAUUAUCGAAUGCCAACGUUCCACCGAAACUCCGGGUCGGUGUGCCAUGUCAUGCCAGUGAUCAAUCCCAGUUGUAACAGCUGUACUGUUUGCCCAGGUAGAAAAGAAAUGACGAUGACCCAAGGUGAUCCGUCCCAAUGUCCUCUUUGUUCCUAAAAUAAAAAGGUUUAAUAAA